AUGAGGCCGGCGUUUCCUCAAGAGAACCUUCUUACUGCACUAAGCUUGAAGGCAGACGCCAAGUUCAGCCACAUUGACCAUGCUCUGGAUGCCAUAUUGAAGCAGAAGCUCUUUCCUUUGGUAGAGAUUCGAGCUGGGCUGCUGUUCAAACCCAAUAAGCACUAUGUGGCAGAGCUGGAGAAAAGGGACUAUCUUGGAAAAGCCAAGGUUGUGUCUUCUAUUGUACCAGCAGAUGAGUUUUCUGGGUUUGCUCCACUUCAGCCUCAAGUUGACAAUGUUCCAUCUACACCAAAAGUCCCAGAAGUACUAAGGGUAUUUGAAGGUGAGCCACACACUGUUCUCUAUGAGUUUUACCCUGAGACCAAAGAGGAGCUGGCUGUGUUGCCUGGCAACAUUGUCUUCGUUCUUCAGAAAGGAGCUGACAACUGGGCAUCAGUUGUUUUCAAUGAGAAGCGGGGCCUUGUACCUUAUAACUUCCUUGAACCCUUGGAUAUUGUUACAAUGAUGUCAAAACCAAUGCAGAUUGAACCAUUAAAUGAAAAUGAUGAUAUACCAGCUCCACCAAGAAGAGCACCGCCUAGCAGACCAGUGGGUACAGAAGGCCUGAAGACUGUGAAUGCAGAGACUAAUAUCAUCAGGGAAUUCUCAGGCUGCAUUGUGAAAGUGCACUUUCGGUUCACCAUAGCAGUCAGAAUUGCACAUGGACAAUCAUACGGCGUCAUUCUUCAGACGAUAAGCUCUAAACUUAAGCUGCCUGCAUCAACGUUAACUUUAUGUUAUGCCAAAGAAGGUGUUGAUGAGAGAGUGAAUCUUGAGGACUCUGAAAUGGAGGCUGUGUGGAAUAGUGUGAAGGAUAACCAUCUUGCGCUGUGGUGUUCAGUGACUGAGGGUAAAAGUGUGCCUCAUGAGAAAGUGGUGGCUCUGUACUCUUAUGACUCUUCUACCCCUGAAGACCUGGAUUUCAAACAGGGAAACAUCAUCACAGUUCUUUCCAAAGUCAAUGAUGAGUGGCUUGAGGGUCAAUGCAACGGGAAGAUUGGCAUAUUCCCAUCAUCCUUUGUUAAAGCACUUAAUGGGGAUCAGCAAUGUGAAUGAAUCAUUCAUCCAACAGUUACA